AUGGAUAUUAAAUUAAAGGUUUAAAUUUUGGAUUUAAUUGUAAAACCUGUGAAUUUUAUAGUAUAAAUCAUUAAAUCUUGAUAUGAAAGAUUGAGGAUUCUAAUUUUAAGAUUAUUUAAUUUUUUAAUUGCAUACAUGAUUAAAGGUAUUAUAUUUCUUUAAAUGGUGAAGACUGUUUUGAAAAUCCAAUAAAAAAUUGUCUUUAUGCUUUUGAAGUGUCAAGAUAUUAAAAAAAAAUAAAUUCAUUAGAUUAUUAAUUUACUCCAUAUUUUGAUAAUACUUAUGUAAUAUGUGGAUAAUGUUAACAAUAAUAUGCUUUUAAUGAAGAAACUAAUCUAUGCUAACUAUAAAAAUCAUCUGAUUGUUAUUAUAGUUAUUUAUCUGCAAUCACAUAAUUCGAAGAAGUAUGUUUGUUUGGACCUAAGAUAAAAUCAUAUAGAGAUCCUGUUUCAUUUAUUACAGAAAGUUCUUGUCUUAAUUAUAAUUGCCACAUUUGUAUAAUUGGAUAGAUUAAUAUUAAAGUAUCAUACUUAUGUCUUGAAUGCAAUAAUGGAUAUUAUGCAGAAAUAUUAACUGGUUUAUGUGUACCUUGCCCUUAAACAUUAAAAUGUUAAGUUUGUUAUUAAUAGAAUAAAAUAUCAAAAGAUAAAUGGAAGAAUUAAGUUCGUGCUUAUUAUAGAUAAGUAAUAGAUGAUGAUUUACAAUCACAUUCUUUUAUUGAUUAUGGUCUUAGUUAAAAUCCUAAUGAUUAUGAAAUUAUCUGUCAAUUUUGUUUAUAAGGAUAUGAAAUUCAUAACGAUAAAUGUAUAUAAGUGUGUUCAGAUACUUGUUUAAAAUGUAAAAUAAUUAAUGAUGAAAAUAUCUGUAUUGAAUGUCCAUCAAUUCAAGGAAAAAGAAGUUUAAGUUUACAUAAUAAUUAAUGUAUAUAAUGUUCUAGAAAUUGUGUAUUUUGUCGUUAAAGAGAAGAGGAUGAAAUCAAAUUAAUUAAUCCGAUAUUUAAUAAUCAAGAAUUUAAUUAUUAUUCAAAUUAGUGUUUAUAAAGAUAAAAAGGAUAUUUUGAUAAAGAUUUAAAAAUGUAUGUAGAUUGUCCUUUUUGGGAUUGUAUGAAAGAAAUAUAGAUUAAUUUAUACUUGCAUUGUUCUCAAGAAUAAUAUUACUAGUAAAUUUAAUCUUUAGAGAGAGAAGAAGAUGUUAGAAGUUAUAAACAAUCAAAUUUAUUAUUAGAUGAUUUAUUUUCAACAUCAAGUUUUCAAGAAGUAGAGUUUGUAUAUAAUUUUAGUUUGAAACACCAGAAUUUUAUUAGAUGGCCAAUGAAUAAGUAAUCAAAUCAAUUAUCAUUCGAAUUUUCAGUUUUGAAUCACAAACUUGCAUUAUUUAUAAUAAUAAGAGUAUUAAAUAAAAAUUUAGUUAAAACAUUUUCUCAGCCAUGUAUGUUAUUUAUUUAAAAUAGAAAUAUCUAACUUGAACUUUAUGGAAAUGGAAAUACAGUUUUUUUAUAUGAUAAGAUAAUAUCUAUUGUAAAUUUUAAGAAAGUCCAUAUUGAAGGUAUAAUAUUAUCACCAUUAUCUGUACAUAACCUUAAAUAAUUAUUUUUUCAUAGUGUUUUUGAAUAAACAGUAUAAUUAAUGGAUAUUCGUUAUGAGAGUAAUCUGAUAUAAGAUUAAUCAUAAAUUCUAAUAUGGAAUUCUACUAAUAUUCAUAUUGAUACAUUCUUCACUUAAAAUCUCAAUUUAACUGAUAUCUUUGCAUUUAUUAUAAUUGAGUAAAUAAAAAUGGUCUAAACUAUUCAUAUUUCAAACAUUAAGAUUAUAGAUUGUUACUUUAAAAGUCUUAGUGUAUUNAGUCAUUUUUGUUUAUUCAGAAUUUAAUCGUAGAUUCAAACCAUAUAAAUUACUUAAUCUUAAUAAUUUAGAUUUAUUUUUAGCUAAGGUUUGUAAAAUAUCUAUCAUUUUAGGAUUUGGUAUAUAUAUUGA